CCGGGCAGGCUCUGCCGCUCAGGUCACCAUGUACAGCUUCAUGGGUGGCGGCCUCUUCUGCGCCUGGGUGGGGACGAUCCUCCUGGUGGUGGCCACAGCGACGGACCACUGGAUGCAGUACCGGCUGUCGGGGUCCUUCGCCCACCAGGGCUUGUGGCGGUAUUGCCUGGGCAGCAAGUGCUACCUGCAGACAGAGAGCAUCGCGUACUGGAACGCCACCCGGGCCUUCAUGAUCCUGUCCGUCCUGUGCGCCACCUCCGGCAUCAUCUUGGGCAUUCUGGCCUUCGCUCAGCAGCCCGCCUUCACCCGCCUGUCCCGGCCCUUCUCCGCGGGCAUCAUGUUUUUCACCUCCACCCUUUUCAUUCUGUUGGCCUUGGCCAUUUACACUGGAGUCACCGUCACCUUCCUCGGCCGCCGCUUCGGAGACUGGCGCUUUUCCUGGUCCUACAUCCUGGGCUGGGUGGCCCUGCUCAUGACCUUCUUCGCAGGGACUUUCUACAUGUGUGCGUACCGAAUGCACGAAUGCCAACGCAUGUCCACUCCCCGCUGA